CUACAUAUCUCAAGUCCAUAACAAUCCUCUUGUAAGAUUAUCAUUUUCGUCUCAUUGUAUUGCCUUUUUGUGCUACAUAAUUCAUACAAAUUUUGGUGUACUAGUGAGAUAUUACACCAUGAUUCGGCACCACUCUUUGUUCAUUUCAAUGUUGUUGCUUGCUACUUGCAUCUUAUUGAGUAGCAAUGCAAAUUUGGUUGCUUGUCGUCGACUUUUGGAAACAUCUCCUGCAGAGCUUCCGAAGGAGCCUGAGGUGCCAAAGAUGCCUGAAUCACCUAAACCAGUUGUUCCAGAACUCCCAAAACCUGUGGUACCAAAACCUACAGUGCCUGAAGUGCCAAAAAUUCCUGAAUUGCCUAAGCCCACAAUACCUGAAAUUCCAAAACCUCCAGUGCCUGAAGUGCCAAAGCCUGAGGUACCUAAAAAACCCGAAAUGCCUAAACUUACAACACCAGAGAUACCUAAGCCUACAGUACCAGAACAUCCAAAGCCCAUUGUACCUGAAGUGCCAAAACCCGAGUUGCCUAAACCUAUAGUGCCUGAAGUACCAAAGCCUGAGUUACCAAAACCUGCUGUGCCUGAAUUGCCAAAACCCGAGUUGCCUAAACCUAUAGUGCCUGAAGUACCAAAGCCUGAGUUACCUAAACCCGUUGUGCCUGAAUGGCCAAAACCCGAGUUGCCUAAACCUAUAGUGCCUGAAGUACCAAAGCCUGAGUUACCUAAACCCGUUGUGCCUGAAUGGCCAAAACCCGAGUUGCCUAAACCUAUAGUGCCUGAAAUACCAAAGCCUGAGUUACCUAAACCUGCUGUGCCUGAAUUGCCAAAACCCGAGUUGCCUAAACCAAUAGUGCCUGAAGUGCCAAAACCGGAGGUGCCAAAGAUACCCGAAGUACCAAAGCCUAAAAUUCCAGAGCCUCCCAAACUUACAGUACCCGAACUACCUAAGCCGGACGUCCCAAAAGAGCAAGAGAAGCCCAAAAUGCCUUAAAGAAUUACCAAUACAAAAUCUUUGCUUAUAAUUAGCAUUGGAUGAACAUUUGUACACUUUAUUGUUUCCUUUAUCAUAGUUUAUGAUACAAAUUAAACCUCAUUUUUUUUAAUGAUUGUGUGUGCUCUAGGCCAGAUAGUUAUGGCUGCUUAUAUAUAUGUACGUUUUCUUUUAUUUCCUUUUGUACAAUGCUUGAUGUAUGGCCUUUGUGAAUUAAAUUUUUUAUAUAUUUGUUAUGUCAUUUUUUUAGUUUAUCAAUUGAUUUAGUAAUA